CAUUUUUGUUAGAUUAGAUUACAGAUCAGUUCAUAAGUUAUUUAGGACAUGGUGAAGGGUACAUAUGUAUGUAGUACAUAUACAACAAAUAUGCAACAAGUUGUUUACUCUGUACACAUAGCACAUGAUAAACGUACAUUCCAAAGAGACAACAAAUGUAUGUUAAUUAGAUUUGGAAAAGCAGAAAUGUGGCCAAUGUAAAAAAUGAAGCCAAACAAAACACACAAAUAAAUGCUAGUAAACAAUUGAAAAUUGGCCAAAAAUCAUUGUUAAAACUAUUGGAUUAUAUUAAAGAAAUUUUAAUUUUUACGAUUAACACAACCUAAAUAAAAAUGGAAGAUUAUGAUGAACAAGGAAGUGUAUCUAAUAUGGCUCGCAAGGAGGUAUCACCCUCUAAGGUGGCGUGCAAAGUAGGAGGAUGGCGUUAUGAAGAUUCAACACGUUACAUAGGCGAAUGGAAUCAACGAGGACAAAAACAUGGUUUAGGUCAUUUGGUAUUUGCUGAUGGCACCCGUUAUGAUGGACAAUUUUUCGAGGGUAUGAGUCAUGGCUUGGGUUGUAUGUGGUUUGCUGAUGGUGCCAAAUACGAGGGAGAAUUUAUGACUGGCUGGUUUCAUGGCCAUGGCAUAUUCUGGCGAGCUGAUGGCAUGAAAUUUGAAGGCGAAUUCCGUGGUGGCAAAAUAUGGGGUCAUGGUUUGGUAACAUUUCAAGAUUUUUCACAUGGUUUCCCCCGAAAUGAAGGCUAUUUCCAAGACUGUCGUCUGCUGCGUAAACGUCGCUGUCCCGAAGUAGUACAAAAAGCCCAAAAAUGUGCUCUAAUGGCCAGAUCUCAAUGUGAACAUCCUUAUUAACAGCAAAGAAAAUAUAAAAAAAUCAAUAAAAAAAAUUAUGGAAAAAAAACACACACA